UUAUAAUAUCGUAAUUCAAUAUAAAGAUGGCUCCCAUAGUCGAUAUAUUCUCUAGAUUCAUUUUGUUGUGUGUAUACGCAGUCCGUAUAGUUACGUGUCUUGAGGAGCAUUCCAUUGUGGAAUGGGCGCGUGAUUCCAAUGGUAUAGAAUUACUAUCUAUCACAGAGAGUGAAUAUGUGCCUAUAUCUCCACACAACGUAUCGAAUGAUGGCGAUAAUUCCAGCGUUUAUGAUUCCUUGUCUAUAGCAUCAUUUGAUGCUCCUACGGCUUCUGGGCUUUAUUGUGCAUAUGAACCUUUGGGUAUAGGUCCCGUUUCGAUGGGUGAACUAUCUUCUGCCAAAUUAGCUCUCAGGAAGGGCUAUCCUGUUGGCUACAUCCGUGGUCACGGUAGCUUCGUUGGCGACUUCUCGGGAGUUGACGCCAAUAUAUCAAGAUUUGGUUUAUUUGGUGGCGGCGGCUCAGGUUCUGGAUCUUUAGAACAGUUGAUUGAGGAUAACAAGACUUCUGGUGGCGUCCUUCUGGUUGACUUUUAUGCUACGUGGUGUCGUCCUUGUGAUACUAUGAAGGCUAAUUUGAGUAUCAUUGAGAGUCGUUACAAGCCUGGUAAGCUUGUGAUUCACAAGAUAGACGUGGAUCAAAAUGCUGAGCUCUCUGCAUCCUAUGAGAUAACUGCGUUACCUACAUUAUUGCUCUUUAGGCGUGGCGAGUUGGUUAAGCGCGUUAGGGGUGUCGUUGACGUUUCCACUUUGAUGGGUAUGAUCAAUGAGGCGUUAGAUGAUGCAUCAUAAGUGC